AUGUCGCGUGGAUGGGGAAAAGAUCACAUGAUGCUUGUAUUCACAUCGCCUGAUGGUAAAAGUAUUGUUGGACCCGACGUAAAUGAGUACAAGACAACUAUUGGGGUCAUUGCACGCAACGGAGCUCGACUUCCUCUACAUUACCUCACGUUUGCUGAAAUACCGGAGAUGAAGAGACAAGGUGCAUGGAUGGAGGUUCAGAGUAACAGCGGAUUACCAGACUCAGUAAAGAAAGUGGUCAUGGCUGACCUAAGGGAAGUUUGGAGGCAUUGGAAAUACAUAAUCAAAUCAACCUACUUCAAUCCGAUUGAGGACGACAAGGAAGCAUUGAAGAAGGUUCCUUCAAGUAGGAUCGUGCCCGAUCAGUGGCCAAAGUUGGUUGAGUACUGGCGCGACGAAAACGUGAAGCUUCGAUCCAAGAAAAAUGCGUCAAAUGUACAGAAAAGAAGCUUUCCGCAUCGUACUGGGCGAAAGUCCUUCACAACUCUCGCCGAUGAGUUGCUUGUGUUUUUCAAUGACAUAAGGCCUUGUGUUGCUGCAGAUCAAAGCGAAGGGGAAGGACCCCGACAAUUUGGAGAUUUGGAUAUCAGUCGAACACAAGGCAAGGGGAAGGACGACCAAGAAACCGAGGAGAUAUUGACAUAUUUACAGAAUGAGCUAAACAAGAUUCCCCCUGAAGGACGGACUCCGUCUAUUCGGGAGACUCUGUACCGACGGGCCCUUGGGGAAAAGAUUAAGAAGCAGUCAAAGGUCGACAGUGCGGCAAGUUCAGCUCAUCCCUGCAGCGAAACAACUAGUUUAACAGAUAGUGUAGCAUUCCAGCAAGGGUGGGAACAAAUGCAGAAUGGACUUGCAGAGUUGAAGGCAAUGAUGGCUGAGUUCAAAACUAUCAAGUCUGAUGUGUAUGCAUUCAUGCACAGAAACUCCGAAGCAGUUAUUGGCCAGACAGGCAUAUCUCGUAUUUAUCCAGUCUCUGAGCUUCCCAGGCAUAUGUCCGAGCCAGGUCUGACGGUCGGCACGCAUGUGCUUCUAUUAUCCCAUUUCGGUGAGAAAAAAGUUGUUGCGGAGGGACUUCUGCUCUGCCCCCCUGCGCCAGGUGACACACUUUCUCUAGUCAAAGUCUUCGUGACAUCUGACUCAGUCUCGGACACACCCCCUAUUUUGCCGACCAUUGCUGUGGCGACUACCCUUUGCGAUGUCGUUGGUGAAGAUCCUAUUGAGUGGAACUACAAGGACCUCAUGCACCAUCCCUGAAGCGUAUCUACCGAUUCACCCAUGUUAGUUGCCCCGUUUGUCUUAUGGAUUGUAUGUCGUACCUGUUUUUGGAUGGAUUGUGUUGAGGCUGUGUGAACUAUAUGUGGAAUGGAUGCAUAGACCAUUGGAGUUUUAAUUCGUGUGGUGAAAGAUGUGGUUAUGGAUUGAUGGAUAUCCGUAUUUGCUUAUUGUUAGGUUUGGUGUUUGAACUGUUACGCCCGUUUUGCGGAACAUGAUGUUGCUGUGUAGUGCUUGCUAGGCUUGUUUUAUGGGUUGCUUUACUUUGUUGUGAGAUAUGGAGAUUGUCCAGUAAAAACAGUGUUGUCCAUGUGCCUUA